CUUUCUCUCUCCAGCUCCCGACUGCGACAAAAUAAGCGUCAGCUUCACAUACAAAUACGCACAGAAGAGAAAAUUCGCAGUCCCUUCGGCGAAAUUUCCCACAUAUUCCCCUUCAUCCAUCGUUUUGCAUCUUUCGCCUUUCUCCUUUGUCUCUCUUUCCUACUUUUUAUCCCUUUCGUUUUCGGCUUCAGAUUUUCCUUCUCUCUCCUUUUUUAUUUAUUUCGACGAUCCGAACUGGUAAAUUCGUCUGCUCUAUUAACCGUUUGGCUGCUGAGAAAACGAAGGAAAAGUCCAAUACUUGAGAUUUUCUUUGGUUUUUUGUUCUCCGAAUACUCGAGAGUUCGAGUCAAACUGAAUUCUUGGGGAUUACGUGACUCGGAAAGUACUUGUUUUCUGCUGCUGCCGGUGCUCUUUUCUUUCUCUUUCUCAGCACACAAACAGGCAGGUGACGUGUUGGAGGUGUUUCAACGGGGAAAUGCAAACUAGAUAUUUGGAGAGAUCGGGUAGUAUGGCCAGGGAAAAGCGAAGUCUGGAUUCGACUUCGUCUGAGGAAGAUCAGCCCGAUAGGAAGCGGCCGGCUUUAGCUAGUGUAAUCGUUGAAGCCCUCAAAGUGGACAGUCUGCAGAAACUUUGCUCAUCACUGGAACCAAUUCUACGGAGAGUUGUUAGUGAAGAAGUGGAGCGUGCUUUAGCAAAAUUAGGCCCUGCCAAGCUUACUGGGAGGACAUCUCCUAAACGUAUAGAAGGCCCUGAUGGUAGAAAUUUACAGUUGCACUUUAAGACCAGGCUAUCCCUUCCCCUCUUUACUGGAGGGAAAGUGGAGGGGGAACAAGGUGCUGCCAUUCAUAUUGUUUUGAUUGAUGGAAACACUGGCCAUGUUGUCACAUCUGGCCCAGAGUCCUCUGCGAGAUUAGAUGUUAUUGUGCUCGAAGGGGAUUUCAACAAUGAGGAUGAUGAUAAUUGGAGUGAAGAAGAAUUUGAAAGCCAUGUUGUCAAGGAGAGGGAAGGAAAAAGGCCUCUCUUAACUGGUGAUUUGCAAGUCACUCUGAAAGAGGGUGUAGGAACACUAGGUGAGCUCACAUUUACUGACAAUUCUAGCUGGAUAAGGAGUAGGAAAUUCAGGCUGGGGCUUAGAGUUGCCUCAGGUUGCUGAGGGAUGCGUAUUCGUGAAGCCAAAACAGAAGCCUUCACUGUUAAAGAUCACCGUGGAGAAUUAUACAAGAAACACUAUCCACCUGCCUUGAAUGAUGACGUCUGGAGGCUAGAAAAGAUUGGAAAAGAUGGGUCUUUUCACAAGAGGCUAAACAAAGCAGGAAUAUUCUCUGUUGAAGACUUCCUACGACUUGUGGUCAGAGAUCCUCAGAGGUUGCGAAAUAUUCUUGGGAGUGGCAUGUCUAAUAAAAUGUGGGAUAUUCUUGUUGAGCAUGCAAAGACUUGUGUUCUUAGUGGAAAGCUUUAUGUAUACUACCCUGAAGAUGCAAGGAAUGUUGGAGUUGUUUUCAACAACAUAUACGAGUUGAGUGGCUUAAUUACUAAUGGACAAUAUCAUUCAGCCGAUUAUCUCUCUGAAAGUCAAAAGGUUUAUGUGGACACAUUGGUGAAGAAGGCAUAUGACAAUUGGAUGCAUGUUGUAGAGUAUGAUGGGCAGUCUCUGAUAAAUUACAAUCAGAAUAGGACUUUGGGUAAUUCUCAACCUCAGCUGCCGAUGGGCUCCCAUGAUUAUUCAAACUCGCUUGAUCAGCAGAUCUCCAUCCCAAGCUUGCCUGUUCCAGUACCUGCGGGGCAGCCUGCAAUGGAUUCAGGAGUAGCAAUUGGAGGUUACCAUGACGCUCCAGCUGCCAGAUUUUCGUUGCCACCACAUCAUGCUAAUCUCAAUUCUUCGAUUCAGUUUGAUGGCACUGACAUGCAACUACAAAACCAGUUGAUGGGCUCUUCAAACCAACCUCAACUUCCAAGGAAUGAAGAUGGACUGACUCGUGGUCCAUCACAGUCAGCUACACCAGGAUUCCAGAGUGUCAGCAUGUCAAAUCCUUCUUAUAGAGGCCUUGAAGACUUAUUCCCGGAGGAGGAGAUUCGAAUUAGAAGCCAUGAAAUGCUAGAAAAUGAAGAUAUGCAGCAUCUACUGCGUAUUUUUAACAUGGGAGGCCAACCUCAUACUUCCUUUAAUGCUCCUGAAUAUGGGUAUCCUUGUUCAUCUGCUUAUGUGCCAACUUCCCCCAUGAACUUUAACUAUGAGGAUGAUCGAAACCGCUCCUCAGGAAAAGCUGUUGUGGGCUGGCUCAAGCUCAAGGCAGCUUUGAGAUGGGGCAUUUUUAUUCGCAAGAAGGCUGCUGAAAGAAGGGCCCAACUUGUUGAGUUGGAUGAUUCAUAGAAUACAAUCUAGAAGGCAUAGCUAAAAUGAUCUGAACAACUUGUCCGGUUAUAUACCAUAAAAGACUCCUCUUUCCUGGUAUUUGGAAUUGCUGGGGUGCUGAAGUUUUUUAGCAUGAAGCAAGGGCAAUAAUCCGGGAUUAAACGGUGGGGUGCAGGAUCUUAGUUCGACUAUGCCUUAAUUCUUUUGAACAGUUAGGCUGAGACCUCUGGCUUUACAGGAAUAAUCACCCUGCAACAACUCACUUGUAGCCGUCUUACCUGUAAUGUUUUCGUCUCCACAUUAAAGCCUGCAACUUCUUUAAGAGACUAGCGGGUUCCUGGCUCGAUGGAAAAUGCUUGCAGCUGCUGAAACUGACGAGUUCAAUGUGGAGUUACGGAAAACUCAGGUCUUUUUUCUUUACGUUUGAAGUAACUAUGGUCAUAAAUGACGGGCAGAAUGGCCUUGACCUAUGGAAUUUUGUGCUGUACGUUAGGUGAUAUUCAACUAGUGUGUUUUAUGUAGUUUGCCUUGUGGCCCAAUAAUAACAUAUUCGUCAUUAGUUAAGUUGCUAGAAUUGAAUUUAUGCGUGUAGAGAUUGUAUCUGUCAGGUGCCUGCUUUGCAUCGACGUCUGUUAUGCUCUUGAAUGAUCUCUUGAAUGAAAUUUUUAACUGAGGGUUGUACAUGCAUUUCAUGUGCGAAUCCCCUCAGCUUUCAGCUUUACCA